GCCCCAGGGGCGGUGCUGGCCAGACCCGGCCGCUGGAGCUAGAGCACAGCCGGGUGGGCUCUGGGGUUGGCGCCCUGGGGGCCGGGGAGGUUUGCGCCGCCGCGCCCAGUGCUGCGAUCCCGAGCCAGGCUUCAGCCCCGAGGACUAGGGGUCGGGCGGGCCGGCCUACGGAACCCCGCGGGCCAGCAGCCGUCGUCUCGCGUCCUCCUGCUUGGAAAAGUGUUUAAGCUUCUAAAAUGUCAUCUAUCAAGCACCUGGUUUAUGCGGUUAUUCGUUUCUUACGGGAACAAAGUCAGAUGGACACUUACACCUCCGACGAACAAGAAAGUUUGGAAGUUGCAAUUCAGUGCUUGGAGACAGUUUUUAAGAUCAGCCCAGAAGAUACACACCUAGCAGUUUCACAGCCUUUGACGGAAAUGUUUACCAAUUCCUUCUGUAAGAAUGAUGUUCUGCCCCUUUCAAACUCAGUGCCUGAAGAUGUGGGAAAAGCUGACCAAUUAAAAGAUGAAGGCAAUAACCACAUGAAAGAAGAAAAUUAUGCUGCUGCAGUGGAUUGUUACACACAGGCAAUAGAAUUGGAUUCCAAUAAUGCGGUUUACUAUUGCAACAGGGCUGCUGCUCAGAGCAAAUUAGGUCACUAUACAGAUGCGAUAAAGGAUUGUGAAAAAGCAAUAGCAAUUGAUUCAAAGUACAGUAAGGCCUAUGGGAGAAUGGGGCUGGCCCUCACUGCCAUGAAUAAAUUUGAAGAAGCAGUUACAAGUUAUCAAAAGGCAUUAGAUCUUGACCCUGAAAAUGAUUCCUAUAAGUCAAAUCUGAAAAUAGCAGAACAGAAGUUAAGAGAGGUAUCCAGUCCUACAGGAACUGGACUGAGCUUUGACAUGGCUAGCUUGAUAAACAAUCCAGCCUUCAUUAGUAUGGCAGCAAGUUUAAUGCAGAACCCUCAAGUUCAACAGCUAAUGUCAGGAAUGAUGACAAAUGCCAUUGGGGGACCUGCUGCUGGAGUUGGGGGCCUAACUGACCUGUCAAGCCUCAUCCAAGCGGGACAGCAGUUUGCUCAGCAGAUACAGCAACAAAAUCCUGAACUUAUAGAGCAACUGAGAAAUCACAUCCGGAGCAGAUCAUUCAGCAGCAGCGCUGAAGAGCAUUCCUGAUUUGACCCGGGGCUCAAGCCCAAGAUACAAAUGGGUUAUGGCUAUGAAUGAAGUAUUUGUUGUAGAUAGUCCCCUUCCUCGUUCAAAAAACCAAACAACAUAUCUGAUGUGUGAAAAUAAUGGAGGAAAACCUCUUAUGUAUAUUCUUAAAGAAUAAAUCCGUUUAGACAAUAGGUUUAUCACAGACAAACUCAAAACAUAACAUGACUCCUUUGGAAGUGAUCACUAGCCUUGUUGAGUGCCAAUAUAGCACUGGGAUAAGGUUCCAUUUUCAAACUUCUAUCAUAUUUGUAUAUUAGACUUAAUAGCAAAGUAUAUUUAUUGAACUCUAGUAGGACUAUUUGUUGGUAAGCUCUUUAGCUCCAAUUUCCUUUAAGCAGUUUUUUGAGAGGGGAAAUGACCCAAAGGAAAGGUUUCCUAUGCUGGUUGAGAAGUGUACUUGCCACUGAGCAGUAUGUCAGGAAAGAAGGAAUAUUAUCUACAUUUAGCUUUGAUAAGUGCUAUCAGUAAUGAAUAUAUAACAUGGGAACCAAUAUGAUCUUUAAUGUUGUUUGUUCUGGUGAACAGAGAAUCUUAAGAGCUGUUAGAAAGUAGCACUUGAUGCAAGGGAUGUUUUGAAAAGAAAAAAUUGGUAAUGUGAAUGUACAGAAAGUAAAGGUAGGAUGCUCAGGUUUUCUGCAUAGUUCUUAACUAAUCUUGUCUGCAGUUUGGUAUUGAUAACAUUAGCAUGGCCACUUACGCUAAACACACAAUAAGAUACAUUUAGAAAUCCUUAAUGUACUGGUUAGGUCAGUGAUAUAACUGUAUGACUUAAUUAUCACAAUUUCCCCAGUGGUAACCUUACCUUGGAAACUAUCAAAUAUAAACAUAUUUUAACUAAGCCAGUGACCUGGUCCUAAGUUAAGGAUGUUCUAAAUGGUAUUUAAUUGUGUGCCCAUAAACACUGAUUUUUUUAAAAAAGAAAACUUAGUAAUUAUUUGAUGGAUAACAAAAAGCAUCUAUCACUAACAUUGCUUGUUCAUGUAAGCUUCUGUGAUAAUUUGGCUUGGCAUGCCAGUCUUAUAGUUAACAUAAUUUAAAUUUGAUGCAAUUUAAAUAUAACAGGAGACUUAAAAUAUUUUAUUAUAAAUGAGAUGCCAUAUUAGUUAGUGGAGAAAAGGGGCAUUAGGCAUAAAUAGCAUGGGUCUAACUACAUUGAUGAUGAGAGUUUAAUUCCAACUAGAGUAUAUUUUUUAUUAAUCAUGAAAUUGGUGCUGACAUGUAAUGACUUCACAAGUUUUACAAGGGAAAACUGAAAAAGGAAGUAAUAUAAAUUUUGUGAGGUUUUUUUGAGAUGGAGUCUUACUCUUUUGCCAGGCUUGAGUGCAGUGUUGCAAUCUCAGCUCACUGCAACUUCCAUCUCCUGGAUUCAAGCGAUUCUCGAGCCUCAACCUCCCAAGUAGCUGGGAUUAUAGGUGCCCACCGCCAUGCCCAGCUAAUUUUUCUUUUUUUUUUGAGAUGGAGUCUCACUCUGUCGCCAGGCUGGAGUGCAGUGGCACAAUCUUGACUCACUGCAACCUCUGCCUCCCGGGUUCAAGUGAUUUUCCUGCCUCAACCUCCCAAGUAGCUGGGAUUACAGGGACACGCCACCACGCCCAGCUAAUUUUUGUAUUUUUAGUAGAGACGGAGUUUCACUAUGUUGGCCAGGAUGGUCUCUAUCUCUAGACCUUGUGAUCCGCCUGCCUUGGCUUCCCCAAUGUUGGGAUUACGGGCGUGAGCCACUGUGCCUGGCCGCUAAUUUUUGUUUUUAAUGGAGACAGGGUUUCACUAUAUUGGCCAGGCUGGUCUCAAACUCCUGACCUCAAGUGAUAUGCCCAUUUUGGCCCCUCAAAGUGCUGGGAUUAGAGGUGUGAGCCAUUGUGCCUGGCCAGGAAGCAAUAUAAAAUUAAAUUAGUAAUAAUGCAGAUGAUUAGGCCUUAUAGAACCCUUAUCAAAAGACUAAUCGGCUGGGCGCGGUAGCUUAAUGCCUGUAAUGGCAGCACUUUGGGAGGCUGAGGCGGGGGGGAUCACCUGAGGUCAGGAGUUUGAGACCAGCCUGGCCAACACGGUGAAACGUCACCUCUACUGAAAAUACAAAAGUUAGCCUGGCUUGGUGGCAGGUGCCUAUAGUCCCAGCUACGUGGGAGGCGGAAACAUGACAAUCACUUGAACCCGAGAGGUGGAGGUUGCAGUGAGCCGAGAUUGCGCCACUGCACUCCAGCCUAGGUGACAGAGUAAGACUCCAUCUCAAAAAAAAAAAAAAAAAAAAAAAGAGAGAGAGACUAAUUAUUUUGUAUCUUGAGGUUUAAAAACCAACUUUUCUCUUUCUACUUUGUGACAUCAGAAUAGUAGUUCUAUAACUUCAUUGUAAGACUCACCUGGAGAAUUCAUUAAAGAUGCAGAUUCAGGGCCACGUGUUCAAUUCUGUUAUAGUAGGUCCUGUAAUAAGGCCUAGGAAUGGCCAUUUUAAACAGUACACUAGGUGGUUUUGAUACAGAUCCAGGGACUCUAACUUAGAGGAACACUAGGUUAGAGGUUUCUCAAUUAGACCUGCAAACACCUAAGCACCUGGCUAAAGCUACAGUGAAGAUCUGUAUGAAGAUAUAUAGUUCUGCAGAAUUUAAAAAAAAGCAGAAUUCAAGUCUUCGGCCCUCAGAAGUUAAAUUCGUAUUCCAUCUAAGCCAACUUUGUUUUUCACUAAGUUAGAAUAAUCUCCUAGUAUUCCAGUAUUACACAGAACGAAGUAGUACUACUAACACAUAGAAGUCAUUACUGUGAUAUAAAAAGCAAAAUAGAUUCUUAAUUAAAAAUUAGUCACCCAUAUUCAGUGUUGAAUAAGAAGUCAAAGUUUCUAGCGUAACUAUCUUGAGUGCAUUUAAAAUGCUUUUAGAGCAAUAAGAUAAGCUUCUAGCUCACUGCCUAGAAAAACAGAAGAUACAAAUUCACAGUGUCAGAAAUGAAAGAGGGGAUACACUACAGACACUAUAGGUAUUAAAAGGCUAAUUAGAAAACACCAUGACCAACUCAAGGAUUGUAUAUUUAACAACUUAGAUGAAACAGAUUCCCUAUAGGAUACAAACUAGAAAUCUCACUGAAGAAAUAGAAAACCUAAACAGACCUGUAUUUAUUAAGGAAAUUGAGUUUGUGGUUAAGUUAAAAACCUUCCAGGAAAGAAAACUACAGGCCCAGAUAACUUCAAUGAUGAAUUUUACCAAACACUUAAGGGAGAAAUAAUAGCAAUUCUUAACAAUCUCUUCCAGGAAACAGAAGAGGAGAAAAUACUUCCCAACUCAUUUUAUUUGACUAGUAUUACCCAAAGAUACUAUAAGAAAAAAAACUUUAGAACAAUGUCUUCAUGUGCUAACAUCUGUAAAUUAGCCAUUCUUUUUAUAUGAAAUAAUGGGAAAUUGGUAUAUUUCUUCCAUUUCACUUUUCUAUUUGUUUCUUUGCUAAUAUACCACCUGUAACAAAUUCAAUCCAGAUGCUAUCUGUCCACUUACCUACAUUUCCAUUCUAUUCAAGCCAUUUUUGCUCUUCAAGUACCUUGAUCACUUUGGAAUCACAGCAUUGCAAGCUAUUUCAAAAAAAUUUUGCGUGGUUGGAUUGUGCUAGCUACUUUUCAAUUUAUAAAAACUGCCCCAUAUAUUUUCUUGCUUGUCUGGGAAAUAUAGUUGCUAUCUAACUAGAAAAGUAAGAAGACAUUAUUAAACUAACUCUUUAAGCAUCCUACUAAAUGUUUGACUUCCAUUUCUUGUAGUAGCUGUAGCUAUUAUGAUACUAUGUAAAACAGAAUAGGUUCUAUAUAUGCAAAUGACAUUUUCAUUUAAUGUACCAAAUUGUGUAUCUAACUUUUAUAAUAUAGGUUAAACAGAUCCUUUCUAAGAUGGCAUUAUCUAAUCUUUACUUAAAACUAUGAAAAAUAUGUGUCCACGUUAUUGUUUAUAACAGAAGAGACUAUAAUUAAAGUACAGAGCAGAUUCCAAGUGACCAUGAUAUUACUUUUAAGAUUUAAAACAGAAUGAAACAGAAGAUUCAGUCAUAAGAAGAUGCUUGAAAAACAAUCCAAGUAUCCAGUGCAGUGGCCAUAAAGUAUUAUUUCAUCAUUUAAUCAAUCUUAAUCAUUUUGAAACAAAGACAGACUUCAAUUUUACACUGCUUGCACUUUAUUUUGUACGGACAUUUCAUUAAUUAUUACUCAAUUUUGAGGUGCAAACCUUCUGAAUAUAGCUUUCAUUUUGGACCAAACAAUUUGUUAUGGCAAUAAAUAAUGAUGCAUUGAAAAACCAA